GCAACGCUCCGUAGUUCUCUAUUCCUUACCACCAUGUUCUUCAAACGCAAAGACCAGAACUUGAUACCUCCAGUGUCCCAGCCAUCGUUGGCCCCGUCAAGCACUCGUGGAACAAGCCAGCGGAGCGUGUCGCCUCUACCCAGCUAUCGCUCAAACGCCUCCACUUACGUCCCAAGCAGAGAUGGCGACCCUUACAACAAAAUGACCAGCAGAAGUAACUCUGCUGGUGCCAAUGUAAACGACGACUAUCACCCACCUCCCAGAUAUAACCCAGAAGACGCUCAGCUGCAGAAGAAUCGCAACGAGCUCUUUGCCGGAUACAACCCCGAGAAAAGCGGUGGUUCAGGUCGCUUCUUUGAUGGCCCCCCUGCAGGAAGAGAACCUCCGCCAGGAGAGGAGAAUGAUGAGGAUGUGGAAGGUAUUCGUCAGCAGACGAGGUACUUGAAGCAAGAAAGUGUUAAUUCUACACGGAAUGCUCUCCGUCUUGCUCGUGAGGCUGAGGAGACAGCCCGCGGUACCUUGACGAGACUUGGCGAUCAAUCUGAAAAACUGGCCAAUACUGAACGUCACCUUGACGUAGCAAAGGGCCACACUGCUCGAGCUGAGGAUAAGACUGAUGAGCUCAAACAACUUAACCGGUCCAUUUUCCGCCCUGUCAUAACUUGGAAUAAGGAUGCGAAACGUGCUGCUAAGGAACAAGAGAUCCAACAACGGUACGAAGAAGAGCGGAGUGAGCGUGAAAAAGCUAUGAUGGACAUCAGGGACACCCAGAAUCGUCUAGGCCGUGCUACCACCUACGGGAGGCAGGAUGACGACGACGAGGGCAUCUCUCCCGGAGGUGGAAGCUCUAGGAUGCGUACCGCAGCACAGCUCUCGGCGAGGAAGGAGCAGCGCAAGCGUUAUCAGUUCGAAGCCGGUGCUUCUGACGAUGAGAUUGAGGAUGAAUUGGAUGAUAAUUUAGAGGAAGUUUCGAACGUGACAAAGGGUCUAAAGGCACUUGGUAUGGCUAUGGGUCAAGAGUUGGAUCGACAGAACGAGCGAAUUGAGGUAAUCGAUGGUAAGACCAGAAACCUUGAUAACAGAGUAUUCAGGAACACCGAGAAACUCAAGAGAAUCAAGUGAUCUGAAUAUCCUUCGACGUAUAUCAUCACCUCAUGGUCGCAUAUCAUAUCACCGAGACAAAGGGGUCGGGGGUUUUAUGCAAGACGUUUUCUGUUUCUUCAAGUAUAUUAUUGGGCUGGAAAGCAGACGGUCGUUACAAGCUUUGGAUACUGUGUAUAUCUUGACAACACGAUGGACAAUAUGGAUUAUCAUGCUCGUACCACUUCGAUGUUAAUGUGCUAGGGGCAACCCCGCCUCAGUAUUACCUCGCCCGUCAAGAUCUUUCAACGGUAUCGAGAAUUCUACUAGACUGGUAAUGUGAUUUCAUCUUCUCUGUUGAGUAAUCUGCCCUCCAUCCCUCCUUCGACCAUUAAGCACUGUCCGGUGACAUGCCCUGAGACAGUUCCCGAUGAUAACAUCGCAAUCUGGUUAGCAAUAUCCCGAGGAGUCGCCACUUUCUUCAAAGGCGUCGACGCAAGAGCUUGGUAUACCACCCUUGGAUCCUUCAAGGUUUCCUCGGCCAUCGGCGUCUUUACCCAUCCAGGUGCAACUGUGUUGACUCUACCUUUAGGCGCAAUCUUGACGAUUUCAUUCUUCAGCGUCAUCGUCAGUCCGUACAUCAUUGCGCUUUUUGUAGCGGAGUAGUCUGCAUGUCCAGCUUCUCCGUACUUUCCAGCUGUGCUCCCGACAAACACUAUGGCAGCUUUUUCUUUCGCCGCCGAACUCGCACCUUCGAGUUUUCUCAGAUACUCCCUACAGACCAAGAACGAGGAUGUCAAGUUGCUCGACAAGGUCGAGUUCCACUGGUCCAGUGACAUCUUCGCUACUGGUACGUCCGCCGGAGGCCAGUAGCCGUGGUUGACGACUGCGACCUGCACAGGGCCGAAUGUUUGUUGAGAUAAGAAAUUAAACAUCUCGAUGACGUCUUUUUCGCUGGAAAGAUUUGCCUGUACGAGUUGGAGGUGGCUCGAAGUUGUUUUUAGCAGAUCUCUGAGGGGCUCUGCGUUGGUGUUGUAGUGGGCGGAGACGUUCGCACCCAAUGACAAGUAAAGACGAGUAGUUUCAAGACCGAUGCCACCACUGGCGCCUGUGACCAAGACGUGUACGUUAUUUAACCCGAGAUCCAUCACUUGAAAUGAUGUGCAGGAGGUGCUUUGAUAAUAGAGUGCUGAGCGAGAGAAAGGUUGUUUUGUAGUGAGAAUGCUGACUUGAUUCAGUCUGGUUGUUUAUGCCAGUGGGAGCCAUGUGUGCACCCGGAUCGCUGCUCCUGCUCUUGGGCCAUAUGACCCUGACUGGAUUGUCAAGGUCCCUUCCAGGAUCUUCCCAGUCCACUGAUGCGAGAGGAGGAUUUGGAGCCAUGGACAAGGGAAUCUGCAUAAUGCGAUAAGAUAAGAUGAGUAGUCUGGGACUGAUUCGGUCACUGUUUAUGGACGUUUCUGAUAACACGCUUUUCU